AUGGAGCUACAUGAUGAACUUCCUGAAGCUACUCUGAAUGCCAUAAAAUUUGAUCUCAUGACCAGUACGGAUAUGGAAAAAUUGAGCAGCAUGAGUGUAAUCGAAGUGAGUGAUGUCACAAGUCCCAAGUUAGGACUACCAAAUAGUUCACCGCAGUGUGAGACCUGUGGAUCGAAAAGUACACGUGACUGUGAUGGGCAUUUCGGUGUGACUAAACUGGCGGCAACAGUGCACAAUCCAUAUUUUAUCGAUGACGUUGUUCACUUUCUAAACCAAAUAUGUCCUGGCUGUCUCAGUCCAAGGGAAGGCAUAAAUAUGAAGAGAUUGGGGAGAGAAACGGUUCAAGCAACAUCAACAUGCAAGUAUUGCUCGAAGGAUGGCUCUAAACUUUACCCUAGCAUAAUCUUUAAGACGCUGUCAAGUCCAAGAGUAUUAUUAUCCAAGAAUAAACUUCUCAGAAGCCCUAGCGUGAUGGAAAGAAUUUCAAUUGCUGCAGAAGCUGCUGAAAGAAUGUCUAAUAGAUCAAAGGGUAAAGGUUUGCUUGAAGGCCUGCCCCAGGAUUAUUGGGAUUUUGUACCUUCUGAGAAUAAGCAAGUCCAGUCAAAUAUGACCAAGAUAAUAUUGUCGCCCUACCAAGUCUUCCACUUGUUGAAGAAAAGUGACCCUGAACUUAUCAAACAAUUUGUUUCAAGGCGGGAGCUAUUGUUUCUAUCAUGUUUACCAGUAACUCCUAAUUGCCAUCGUGUUGUAGAAAUCGGAUAUGGGCUUUCAGAUGGACGUCUAACAUUUGAUGACAGAACAAAGGCUUACAAGAGGACGGUUGAUGUCAGUAGGAGAAUUGAUGACUACCGCCAGCAUCCACAGUUCAGUGUUCUUGCAAGUUCACUUGUCUCCAGCAGAGUGUCAGAAUGCCUGAAGUCAUCCAAGUUGUACUCUAAAAAGACAGAUGGGGAGACAUCCACAGAUACAUCUGGAAUGAAAUGGCUAAAGGAUGCUGUUCUCAGCAAAAGAUCAGAUAAUGCUUUUAGGAGUACUAUGGUCGGGGACCCAAAAAUUAAGUUAUGGGAAAUUGGCAUUCCUGAAGAUUUAGCCUCAAGCUUGGUUGUUUCUGAGCACGUUAGUUCGUAUAAUUUUGAAAAUAUAAAUUUGAAGUGCAACCUGCACCUUCUAGCCAAGGAAGAACUAUUUAUUCGGCGAAAUGGAAAGUUAAUGUUUGUUCGGAAGGCAGAUCAGCUAGAAAUUGGUGACAUUGCCUAUAGACCAUUGCAGGAUGGUGAUCUUAUUCUCAUCAACAGGCCUCCUUCAGUCCAUCAACAUUCACUGAUUGCAUUCUCUGCAAAAAUUCUACCAAUUCACUCUGUGGUAUCAAUCAAUCCACUAUGUUGUACACCUUUUCUGGGAGAUUUUGAUGGUGAUUGUUUGCAUGGAUAUAUCCCACAAUCUGUACGAUCAAGAAUUGAGCUUGGAGAGCUGGUAAGCUUACACCACCAGCUGUUGAAUAUGCAAGAUGGUCGAAGUUUGGUGUCACUAACACAUGACUCUCUAGCUGCUGCACAUUUGUUAACAAGUACAGAUGUUUUUCUGAAGAAAUCUGAAUUUCAGCAGCUUCAAAUGCUAUGCCUUUCAGUAUUAACACCAGUUCCAGCAGUUAUUAAAUCUAUGAAUUUUCAAGGUUCUCGGUGGACUGGUAAACAACUUUUCAGCAUGCUUCUUCCUUCAGGCAUGAAGUUCAGUUGUGAUAGGAAGUUACACAUCUUAAACGGUGAAGUGCUUACCAGCUCACUGGGCUCUUCUUGGCUGCAAAAUAACACAUCUGGUCUUUUCUCUGUCAUGUUCAAACAGUAUGGUUGCAAGGCACUUGACUUCCUUUCUUCUGCACAAGAAGUAUUAUGUGAGUUCUUAACCAUGAGGGGCUUAAGUGUCUCUCUUUCAGAUCUCUACAUGUUCUCAGACCAUUACUCAAGGAGAAAACUAACCGAGGGAGUUAAGCUGGCAUUGGAUGAAGCUGAAGAAGCUUUCCAAAUCAAGCAAAUAUUGCUAGAUCCAAUUAACAUACCAGUUCUAAAGUGUCACGAUGAAACUGAAGAUGUAACUUACAGACAAUCUGAUUGUAUCCAGAGCAAUCCAUCAGUUAUCAGAUCUUCAAUCAUGGCAUUUAAAGAUGUCUUCAGUGAUCUAUUAAAAAUGGUGCAACAACAUGUUAGUAAUGAUAAUUCAAUGAUGGUGAUGAUUAAUGCAGGAAGCAAGGGUAGCAUGUUGAAAUAUGCUCAACAAACUGCAUGUGUUGGUCUUCAACUUCCAGCAAGCAAAUUUCCCUUCAGAAUUCCUUCCCAACUCUCAUGUAUUAGCUGGAAUAGACAGAAAUCAUUGAACUAUGAAGCUGAGGGUACUAAUGAACCUGUGGGAGGUCAAAACCUUUAUGCUGUGAUCAGGAAUUCCUUCAUUGAGGGUUUAAAUCCAUUGGAAUGUCUUUUGCAUGCUAUAGCUGGCAGGGCAAACUUCUUUAGCGAAAAUGCUGAUGUUCCAGGGACAUUGACAAGAAAAUUAAUGUAUCACUUGAGAGAUAUACACGUUGCUUAUGAUGGAACUGUUAGAAGUUCUUACGGGCAGCAAAUAGUGCAAUUCUCUUAUGAUAGUGCUGAUGAUCCUGGAAGUAUUCAAGUGUCACAAGGCUACAAAUUCAGGGGACCAUAUUGGUUUGCUUUUCCUGUCGAGGCAUUUAAAGAAGAAAUGAUGAAGAAAAAAAGAUUAGGAUUGAGAUUUGUUAUAGAAGAACUUACAAAAGAGUAUAACGUCACCAGAGAUCAGCUAAACAAUGCAAUCCCAUCAAUUUGUAUCUCAAGGAGAAAAUGUGUGGUAGGUGAUGAGGGUGUUAAAACUUCAGCAUGCUGCAUCACUGUCGUAGCAGUAGCUGAACCUAACUCCAUGUCUCAGUUGGACACUAUCAAGAAAAGGGUGAUUCCAAUCAUACUGGAUACACUGCUGAAAGGUUUUUUGGAAUUUAAGGAUGUUGAGAUCCAGUGUCAACAUGAUGGUGAACUUCUUGUGAAAGUUUGUAUGUCUGACCAUUGCAAAGGUGGGAGGUUCUGGGCUACUCUACAAAAUGCUUGCAUUCCAGUAAUGGAGUUGAUUGACUGGGAGCUGAGUCGACCAAGCCACGUAGCUGAUAUUUUCUGUUCAUAUGGCAUAGACUCAGCAUGGAAAUACUUUGUUGAAUCUUUGAAAUCAGCAACUACUGAUAUUGGGAGGAAUAUUCGUCGGGAGCACUUACUGGUUAUUGCAGAUAGCAUGUCUGUAACUGGGCAGUUCCAUGCAAUAAGCAGUCAAGGUUUAAAGCAGCAGCGCACUCGUUUAUCAAUCUCGUCUCCAUUUUCUGAAGCAUGUUUUUCUAGGCCUGCACAAAGUUUUAUAAAUGCUGCAAAGCAAUGUUCAGUGGACAAUCUGUGUGGAAGUCUAGAUGCAAUUGCUUGGGGCAAAGAGCCUUUCAAUGGGACGUCAGGGCCUUUUGAAAUUAUGCAUUCGGGAAAGCCACAUGAACCAGAACAAAACGAGAGCAUCUAUGAUUUCCUACGCAGCCCUAAAGUUCAGAAUGUUGAAAAGAAUCAUUUGGAUACCCGUAGACAAAGUACUGAAAAUGCUUCCAUAUGUAGGUUAGCAUGCAAGUCUAAAGGCAGUGCGACUGUCAAUGGUGUUGCCAUCGACCAGGACUUUCUUCAUGCUAAAGUCAGUAUAUGGGAUAACAUUAUUGAUAUGCACACUUCCUUACAGAACAUGCUAAGAGAGUACCCAUUAAAUGGAUAUGUGAUGAUGCCAGAUAAAUCACAGUUAAUUGAGGCCCUGAAAUUUCAUCCCAGAGGGGCUGAAAAGAUCGGUGUUGGAGUAAGAGAAAUUAAGAUCGGGUUGAAUCCUAUUCACCCGGAGACAAGGUGCUUCAUUUUGCUGAGGAACGAUGAUACCACUGAAGACUUUUCUUACCACAAGUGUGUUCAUGGUGCCGCAAAUUCUAUCUCACCUCAACUCGGAAGUUAUUUGAAGAAACUAUAUCAUAGAGCAUAA